AUGGCGGCGGAGAAACGCGCCGCGGACCAGCGGCUUCAGGAGAUGGAACAAGCGCUGAUGAUCCUCCAGGAGGAAAACGCGCGGCUGCGGCAGAUUGCCGCGGGGCGCUACAGCCGCGACAUGGCGGAAAUACUGCGCGCGAUACAACAGGCGGGGGGAUUUCCCGCGGAGGCGGCGGCGGGGCUUUCCGCCGCGGGAGGGUUUCCCCCGGGAGGGUUUGCGGCGCCAGUAGAGCCUCCGCAAACGGGUUUCGCGCCCGACGCUCGUGGCGCUCGCGGUUUCCUAGAGGAGGGCGCGUCCGCUCCCGCCUCCGGUUCCGCCGCCGCCGCCGCAGCAGCAGCAGCGCGAGUAGAUUUGCGUUUUAAUGCCGCGGGCGCGUUUCCCGGUGCGAGCAGCUAUCAGGGGAUCGAACUCGCGGGGACAGACACUGAGACAGCGAUUGGGGGGAACUGGCCGCGCAGUGCUUCCGCCCCUGCGCCUGAACACGUGAGCGGAGGAGCCCAUGCUCCGCAAGCGCCAGGUAGAGGGAGGGGGACAUUCCCCCUCCCUCCGCCUGCACUAGCUUCCUCGGCGUGUUUAGGGUUUGGUGCUGCUGACGUGGAUAUUUCCCUGGGAGCAGAUGAGGACACGGCUGCUUUGCUGGCUGUGGCUGGGCUUGUAGGGGGGAAUGGGGGAAGUGGGGAGAGAGGUAGGCUGGGUGGGGCGAAGGAGGGAGCAGAACUGGGGAAUGGGAUGGAGGAUGUGGGAGGGGUGGGAGGAGGGGGAGGAGGGGAAGGAGGGGAAAGGGUGGAGGGGUCGAGCUGCGGAGCGGUGGGGGGGGGUGCGGGGGAGUGGAAUGAGCACGAAGGGACCCUGUUUGCUAUGAUCCAUCACCUACACAAGCAGCUGUGA